ACUAAAUCAAACUCGUCAUUUUCCUCAAACUUAAAGCUUCCCACUAAAACUGAAAAUUUCAAAGGCCUUGAUGUGAGGCAUAUCUUUCGUGUACAGUAUAUCUUCCUCAGUUCAGUUUCAUACUUUCAUAACUCUCAGACCCCCUUUUUUUUUCUCAGUGUAGGUUCAUAUUUUUUUUUACGGGUCCCCUACGAAAUGAAUCAUUCUCUUGCCUCAUGUUUCAUCUUCUUCCUUCUUCUUCUUCUACUUUUCAUCAUAACCGUUGGCGCUGAUGAUAGAUUCACAAACUGUAGCAGCCGGAUCAGCUGUGGAACCGUCGACAACGUUGGAUAUCCAUUCUGGGGAGAAAACAGAGCAGAAUACUGUGGUCAGCCUGGUUUCCAACUUGCUUGCCAAGACAAUACUCCAAAGCUGAUCUUCAACGCUGUCACUUAUCGGAUUCUCAAGUUCAACUUGAGUGAUAAGAGUCUCACUGUGGCUAGGGAUGAUUACUGGCAAACUCUAUGUCCAAAUCAGUACUUAAACACUAGCUUUGAUAGCACCUCUUUCAAGCUUGCCGAUGGGUUUCAAGACAUUGCCUUGCUAUAUGAUUGCAUCAAGAGUUUCAAUUCAGCGGGUCAAUUCACCACUUCAUCUAGCGCAGAGUGUUCGAAGCAAAAGGUGUACUACGGGAGCUUAUCUACUUACAAUAUUGAUCUAACAGGAAUUUGCAAGGUCGUUGUUGUUCCUAUAGCGAGUGCCAAUGUUAAUUUGAUAUUUUCCGAUGAAAAGGAAAUUGAAGACGCAAUAAAAGAUGGUUUUGAGUUGGGAUGGAGUGUUAACAACGAGCAAUACAACAAUUGCGUCAAUUCUGGGGGGCAGUGCGGGUAUAUUAAUAAUAAGUUCACAUGUUUUUGCAGCAACGGGCGUCAAGGAACUACGUGUUCAGGUAAAAGCUCCAAGGCUGUUGCUAUAGGGGUUGGUGUUGGAGUUGCAGUAUUUUUUGGCAUUGUUAUUAUGUUUUUGUUGUGCUUUGUCAUGAAGAGAAGAAGGAAAAGAAAAGCUGAAGAGUUGAAAAGCAAGAACCUCUUGUCGCCAUCUUUAAGCAACAUUAACGUUAAUGGCGAUGUAACAACGUCUGCAACUACAACUAAUAUGGCUCAAACUGCUCCUUCUUACCCUACCUCCAAGUUUCACUCGGUGCAGAAGAGUUUUUAUUUUGGAGUUCAAGUUUUUAGCUAUGAAGAACUUGAAGAAGCUACCCAAAAUUUUGACCCUUCCAUGGAGCUUGGCGAUGGAGGCUUCGGAACUGUUUACUAUGGAACCCUAAAAGAUGGACGUAUAGUUGCAGUAAAACGCCAUUAUGAAAGCAACGCGAAGCGUGUGGAGCAAUACAUGAAUGAAGUUGAGAUUCUAGGUCGCUUACGACACGACAACCUCGUGGCACUUUAUGGAUGUACAUCCAGACAUAGUCGAGAACUCAUCCUUGUCUAUGAAUACAUUCCUAACGGAACAGUUGCCGACCACCUCCAUGGCAAACGAUCUUACUCAACUUUGCUCCCUUGGCCUAUACGUAUGAACAUCGCUGUAGAAACAGCCGAAGCACUAUCCUUCCUUCACAAAUCAGAUGUCAUACACCGUGAUGUCAAAACCAACAACAUUCUCCUCGACAAUGAUUUUAGAGUUAAGGUUGCUGAUUUUGGUCUCUCACGUUUGUUCCCUAACCAUGUCACGCAUGUGUCCACUGCUCCCCAAGGAACACCUGGUUAUGUCGAUCCUGAGUAUUACCAGUGCUUUCAACUCACUGAUAAGAGUGAUGUUUAUAGUUUUGGGGUCGUAUUAAUCGAGCUUAUAUCAUCCUUACAAGCUGUGGAUGUUUCUAGGAGUCAUCGUGACAUAAACUUAGCCAACAUGGCACUGAAUAAGAUUCAAGACAAAGCAGUGCAUGAGUUGGUUGAUCCAUAUUUAGGGUUCGAGAAGGACUAUGGUGUGAGGCAGAUGAUUAUAGGAGUAGCAGAAUUAGCGUUCAGGUGUUUGCAGAAGGAGAGAGACAUGAGACCUUCCAUGGAAGAGGUGGUUGAGAUCUUGAGAGAAAUUCAGAGGAAGGAGUUUGUAGGGGAAAAAGAAGUGGUGAUGAUGGAUAAAGUAGAAGAACUUGUGCUUUUGAAAAAUGGUAGUGCCCCAUUUUCACCAGAUUCAGUUACGGAUAAAUGGGUUAGCUACUCUUCUACGUCUAAUUCUUCACAGAAUCUAUUGUCUCCUUCUGCUGGUAAGACUUAGAUUAGGUAAUAAAUUUAUGCAAUAUUUUAAUAGGUAGAAAAAUGUUUUCUAAGAAGAAAAUGAGAGGAUACACCUAUCCUAUUUUCUAAUAGUAAUUUAUUGUGUUAUAUAUGUCAUAUACAGACCUUUUUGGUUCACCUUCUCAGGAUGCCUAUAUGUUGUGCUUUGAAUAGGCUCAAGAGUAAAUUGAUUUAGUGUUGAUUUGGAUAGUUAGAUCAGUGAGAGCCAAUUAACAGAUAUGUGCUUUGUAUAUAGAAAUCACUUUUUGAUUGCAAUUGUGUUAUUGCUGAUACAGAUAUAGAGUUGGCAAUUGGAUGUUUUAAUUUAAAUGGUGAAGUUCCCUCAUCUUCUUAUUAGUAUUCAGGGUAGUAGGUUGAGUCUGAGGCUGAGAAACUCUCUCUGUAUAAAGCUCUCGAUGUCAUCAUCAUUAUUAUUCACUCACCAUCUUUUUUCUUUCUAUUUUCUGUUAUGAAUGUAUGUAUAAAUUUACUUUUAUGAAUAUACAUAAUUCAAAAUCUA